AUGGCUGCCUGCGUAGAGCCCGCUGCCGCGGCGAGACAGGCCGGCCUCAAGAGGAGGCGCAUCGCCGUCAGCAGCGCGGAGCCCUACGAGGAGAUCAGCCGCCUCGGCGAGGGGACCUUCGGCGCGGUCGUCAAGGCGCGCCACCUUGGCACGGGCCGGAUCGUCGCCAUCAAGCGCAUCGGCGAGGCCCAAGGCGGCCCCGCGGCGGUGCUGCGGGAGGCGCGCUUCCUCGAGGAGGCGUCAGGCGGCGGCGCCAACCCGUUCGUCGUCGGCUUCCACGGCGUCGUCCGCGCCCCGGCCACCUUGGACCUCCGCCUCGUCAUGGAGUGCGUGGGCCCUAGCCUCCACGACUUCCUCCGCCAGCGCGCCACCGGGAGCCCGCCGCUGCCCGAGGCCACGGUGCGCGCCGCCAUGUGGCAGCUGCUCACGGUCGCCAAGAAGAUGCACGACGGCCGCAUCGUGCACCGCGACAUCAAGCCCCAGAACAUACUCGUCGGCGACGGUCACGGCGUCGUCAAGCUCUGCGACUUUGGCCUUGCCAUGUCCACGGACGAGCGGCCGCCGUACGAGCCGGCCGGCACGCUGUGGUACAUGGCGCCGGAGAUGCUGCUGGAGAAGCCCGACUACGACGAGCGCGUCGACAUCUGGUCGCUCGGCUGCGUCAUGGCGGAGCUCAUCAACAACGGGAGGCCUCUGUUCCAGGGAUUCUACGACCAAGGCCAGCUCUGUGCGAUCUUCGACGUGCUCGGCGUGCCUGACGACAGCACGUGGCCAGGGUUCUCGUCCACGACGUUCGCCACCGUGAUGAUGCCGGAGCUGGACAUGCAGCGGGACAGCCACCUGCGCGAGCACUUCCCCGAGACGAAGCUGUCCACGGAAGGGUUCGAGGUCCUCAGCGGCCUCCUCACCUGCAACCCGGAGAAGCGGCUCACGGCAGCCGCGGCGCUCAAGCAUCCAUGGUUCGCCAAGAUAGGCGCGCUGAAGCUGCCAAAGGAAUUGGCAUGGCCUUUGUCCAAGAAACGGAGGAUGCAUGCCGUGUGCGUGACUUGAUAUUUCUUUUCGUCCUCG